GCAUCACCAUGACCACUAUGGAGAUAGGGAGAAAGAGAGAGAGAGAGAGAGAGAGAAAGCGAAGAAGGGGAUGUUGCUGCUUGCUGCAGGCUUUAUUGAAAGCAAUAGCGACAAGGGAAUGAGGGGAGGGGUGGCGGCACCUUGGGAUCUCACCAACAGCAUCACUUUAAUCUCAACCAAAAAGAGAUAGAAGGAGAGAGAGAGAGAGAGAGAAGGAGGAGGAGUCAGUCAGUCAGUCAGACAAAGCUGGAGUGGUUGUGCCUGCUAUUACUGAGCCAGUGCAGGUGUUAGGGAAGAAUGUUUAAUAAAGACUAAGAGAAAAAGAGGGGAAAAGAUAUAAAGGGAGUAAAGAAUAGGGAGUCCUGCAGUCUGCUUGGCAUGCGACCGUGUCCCUGGCUUGUGUUUGAGUGUGUGCAGAUGAACGGGACAUUUCGGUCUGGAAUGUGUCUCAGCUAACCUCAGGGGACCUUCAAGAACAUAUACCUCACCAUGCUGGGAAAGGACUACAUGCUUGCCAUCAUCAUCGUCAAUUAUGAAGAUGAUAUCUGGAAUGACCAGAGCCUGUCGUUGGACUCAGACCUGCCUCCAGGAUGGCGCACUAUACAGGACAGCACCGGUACCUACUACUGGCAUGUGCCUUCGGGUACCACACAGUGGCAACACCCUUCAUACAGCACAGAGAACGAACAGAACAUCAGCGACGGACUCCCAGCUAUCCAGCUCAAGAGCGCUGACGCAGAUGGGAGCUGUGAGUCUAGAGGGAGGCUAACAGAAAGCCCCAUGCAUUCCCUCAGUGAUGGAGUGUCCUGGCAGGAAGAAUUCUUCUGUGCGGACAUGGACCCAGACUUCAAGUGUUUUGCAGUACGCUCACUGGGAUGGGUGGAGAUCCCAGAGGAGGAACUGGCUCCAGGGAAGAGCAGCCUGGCGGUCAAUAACUGUAUCCAGCAGCUAUCUCACAGUAAAGCCGAGGGCCGUGAUGCUGUCGGAGCCUGGGGAGAGGGUCAGGACAUGAUGAUGGUGCUCAAAAAGGAUACAUUAAGCCUCCUGGACCCCAUAGACCGCAGUCUUAUCCACUGCCAACCCAUCAUCAGCAUUCGAGUGUGGGGAGUGGGCUGCAACAACGGCAGGGAUUUUGCCUUUGUGGCCAGCGAUAAGGACACGUGCAUGCUGAAGUGUCACGUGUUCCGCUGCAACGCACCAGCUAAAACUAUCGCCUCUGCCCUGCACGAGAUGUGCUCCAAGAUAAUGGCAGAAAAAGCAGCAACACCAAAAUCUGUACCACGUUCAUUUACAAUGGAGAGCAUUUCUCCUGAGGACCUGCCUCACCAUGUGAAUUUCUUAGAUGCAGUGAGGAAGAGGGUUCAAAAGUUUGAGGUGGAGUACAUCGGAAAUCUGCCCGUCUCCCGAGCAAUGGCAGGGAUGGAGGUGCUGAACAGAGCCAUCGAGAGCAUCAUGCACUCCAGAGACAGAGACGAAUGGGAGCGGAUUGUCAUUCACGUGUCAGACACGGUGCUGUCGCUGUGGCGGGGACAGGAUGGCGAGGACCCUUUCUGGGAAUGCCAGGUACGCUACCUGACCUUCCUUGGUGUCGGACAUGACACACACACCUUCGCGGUGAUAGUAGAUGCCGGCACACAGCGCUUUGAGUGUCAUGUUUUCUGGUGUGAACCUGAUGCUGGGAUCAUCUCCGAGGCAGUACAGGCAGCAUGCAUGGUCCAAUACCAAAAGUGCUUGGUCGCCCAGACACCACCUUUGAGGUCCAAAAUGUGGCGAGCCGGCUCCAAAGUCAAACGCGCCAACUCCAUGGAUGGCUCCACCUUCCCGCCUUGCCAUCAGGGAUACACGCAACCCAAAAUGGCUUCAUCUGGCAUAAAGAAAGGCAUGCUGGCUUUUUUUGAGACGUUCCGAAAUAAACCUCCUGUUGUUCCUGCGCCAUAGAUUAGAAGAGGGCAUGAAGUGACGGGUUUGUUUUGGGGCAGGUUGCGACAGAUAAUCUAGGGAUGUACAGAAAAAACGAUGAAAGAGGUCAAAUCAAAUUGCUUACUAUUCCCCACCCAGACAACCGUAAUCAAAUUACAGAAGAACUGCAAGUACCUUUAAGGUUCAUACAUAUCUGACUACAGCAGGUUAACAUCUAAUCUAUUAAAGAAGAAUCCUAAGGUGCUGCACUCUCACAUUCCACUCUUGUCUAUGGAGUAGAAAAAUAUAUACACACAGUAAAACAAGGGUUGUCCUUUAAAUAAAUUAGCACAGAUAUUGCCUAAUGUAUUAUGUCUGAUGUUCCAGUAGGUCAGUGUAGGUGAAUUGGAAACUGGAGAACGUAGAACUGUAUCCCUGUGUAUCCCAAAAAUAUUUUCGAACGUUCUCCGGAGAAGUACAGGAUCGUGUGCAAUAACGUGUCUCAGCAUGUGACUUUUUAUUAAUUAGGUAAAACAUCAAUGUAUAGGAUAGUGACCUGAUUCUGGUAUGACAAGUGUUUAGACGUUAGACAGGUCCUACUGUAAUUUAGGUCGCUUGUGUUCAAAUAGAAGAAAUGUUCUCUUUUACUUCUCAACCGUCUAAUGUUCUGAGACUCAGACAACAUAAAGGAGACUGAUCAUUAAAAAACACAUAUCUAGGAUAGGGGCAUGAGCUGACAUUUGAUGUCUUUUGAUGUAUCGAAUUAAGAUAACACCAGGUUUAAAUAAGAAUUGCUUCAAAACUUUAAAACGUUGUGCCAGACAUGUGUAAAUUCCAAAAGCUAAAAAAAUGCCUAAUUGGCUGUGCUGUUUAAUCGCUGAUGCUUGGUGGCACAGUUGCAUGCAUUUGCACAUGUGUGAGAAGAAAAGGCUUUGCCACGGGCACCAAUAUAUAUAAAACAAACACAUUACUAUAACCUGGGAUAAAAUGCAUUUUUGAUAGAACCCUAACCCUAAUGCAACACCGAAACCUCUAAAUAAAGAAGACCUGUAGUCUUGAUUCUUUUUUCCACCGUCACAAAAACUGAAUGUACAACAAUAAUCUCCAGCGCAUGUCGAUUGGCCACUGGAAUGGCACUAUGAGAAAGUCAUAUGACGCUGCAACAAAGAUAUGCAACUGCUCCUUUCCCUUAAGCAUGCAUUACAACACCAACAAACUCAGGUUUCCUCAAGACACCAGUGAAAUCAUGGGUAGGAAUGGACAACACUUUCAGCAUAACCUUUCUUCACCGAGAUGAGCAUUUGUCAGAGAAACGGUCAUAAAACUACUGUGUUCAUGUAGCACCGUUCUUAUUAUCUGCUCUUUAUACUCUCUGUAAAGAAAUCUUCUUUGUAUAUAUUUGCAGUUCGUUAGCACAGAUAGGAUGUCAUGUAAAAUGAGUUUUUUAAUUGUUAUUUAUAUUAAGUUGAUAGUAUUGUUGCACUUAUGUAUUAAAACAGAUUCCACUUGUGGUUUGGAAUGGGACAAUA